ACAGGCCGGCCGGCCCAGAGAAGGAGGGGACACUGCUGGAGCAGGAGAGCUCAGGGCUUUGGAUCCUGGCUGUGGCCAGCCGAGAGGAUCAUGCCCAGGCCCCGCUGACCCCUGGCUACCAGCUCAGAGCCAUGUCAUCAGGCCAGCAGGUGUGGCACACAGCCACGCCACGCCACAGCCGGAGCAGUCCCACAGCCACAGUGCCCAGGACCCCCAGCUCAGCCAGCAGUCCCAGGUCACCCAGCUCAGCCAGCGGCCCCAGGUCCCCCAGCACCCCUGGCUCAGAGAAGGUGGCCUCCCCACUAGAGUGCUCCAUCUGCUUCUCUGGCUAUGACAACAUCUUCAAGACACCCAAGGAGCUGUCCUGCACCCACGUCUUCUGCCUGGAGUGCCUGGCACGGCUGGCAGCCGCCCAGCCAAUGGGCCAGCCUGGUAGUGAGGCUGUGCCCUGCCCAUUCUGCCGGCAGCCCACGGCUGUGCCCGCUGCCGGGGCCCCCGCGCUGCGCACCAGCCGCCAGCUGCAGGCCAGGAUGCCGGCGCACCUGCAGCAUGAGGAGCCUGUGUGGCUGGAAGGCACCAGGCUGUGCUGCUGCCCCCCGCCCACUGCGCCUGGCCUCACAGCACCCGGGUUCAUGUGCGUGGACGUGGGCCUGAGGAAGCCCGCUGAGCCCGCUGCGCCCCCACCCACCCUGGGCCCCACCCGCCCCCAGGGCCGCCUGGCCCACUGCUGGGCGCGCUGCCGGGCCUGGAGGCGUGUGGCACUUGUCACGGCCCUGCUGCUCCUGCUCUUCUGUGUGGUGCUCUGGCCCGUGCAGUGUGCGCUCAAGACCGGGAACCUGCGCUGCCUCCCCCGGGCCCCCACCACUGCUGCCACCGCCGCUGCCUUCUCCCUCGGGCCUCUGGCCGACAACUAGGGCCAGCCACCCUGCCCAGCCUCAUGGGUGGAGCCCACGCUGGCGUUACAGGGUGCAGCAGCUGUUGGCAGUUGGUCACCAGGAGCCAGAGGAGCCCCAGCAUCUCUGAGGACCCCAGAUUCCAUUCAUCCCCCUGCCCCCCGCUCUCUGGGGCUGGGUCCUGAUGGGGUGGACAGAAGGGCCCCCAAAGCCUCCAAAAAUCACAGGCUCCCAUGGGCCCCAGAGACCCCCGACCCCCUUCAUACAGAUGGGGAAACUGAGAUCCAGGAGAGAGUCUGCCGAGGCCCCUCCUUGUACAAUCGCCUGCAGGUGCAGCUCCUUACUGAGAAGGGAGGGGUUCACCAUCCACCCAUGGCUCCUUCCCAUACCCCUUCCCUGGACAGGGCUGGCCCCUGCCCCUGGGUGGGUGCAGACCCUGCCCUCUGGCCACGGAGUCCACCCCUCAGUGCCCAUCCCACUCUCCUGAACUGUACAUUUUUAAAUAAAUUAUUUUGUAUCCA